AAGGACAUGGUCCACUAAGUUGCAUAUAAGCGGAGUGACUAGCUGUGUUAAGCUUAGUAAGGCGUUGUGAAUGCAAGGCUAAGUUUACGAAGCUGAGUGUAUAUAACCAGCUCUUGGGCAUCUACGGGUCACAGCCAUGAGUUCCGCAAAAGGAAACAGCACCGCGGAGUGCUUAGCCCUUUUUCGGCUGUCCCUCAGGUCACCCACGAUGCUCUCACAGGGCACAAACUUCGAAGGAAAUGUUCCUCAUAUCUUCGUGACGUUGGGGGCUUCAGGUGAUCUGGCAACAAAGAAAAUUUACCCAACUCUGUGGUGGCUGUAUCGCGAUGGGUUACUUCCUAGCAACACCACAUUUUAUGGAUACGCCCGCUCGAAACUGACAACUGAAGAACUCAGGAAAAAAUGUCAUCAGUACAUGAAGGUCAAGCCUGAAGAAGAGAAGAGGUAUGAAGAAUUUUGGAAAUUGAAUAAUUAUGUCGCGGGAAGUUACAACAAACGCGUCGACUUUGAGAUGUUAAAUCAAGCCUUGAAUUUGCAUGAGAAAGGAACAGCGGCUAAUAGACUUUUCUACCUUGCACUGCCGCCUUCUGUGUUCGAAAACGUGACUGUACUGAUCAAGAAUGCCUGCAUGGGAGAAAAAGGCUGGACUCGAGUGAUAAUAGAAAAGCCCUUUGGUCACGAUGCAGAUAGUUCUUUGAAGUUGUCAAAUCAUUUGGCGUCAUUAUUCAAAGAAGAACAACUUUACCGCAUCGACCAUUAUCUUGGGAAAGAAAUGGUCCAGAAUCUCAUGACGCUACGGUUUGGCAAUCGCAUCUUUAGUCCGACGUGGAACAGGGAAUGUAUCGCGUCUGUCCUUAUAUCCUUCAAAGAGCCCUUCGGAACUAUGGGUCGUGGUGGCUACUUCGAUCAGUCCGGAAUAAUCAGGGAUGUGAUGCAGAAUCAUCUGAUGCAGAUCCUUAGUUUAGUCGCGAUGGAAAAACCUGCUUCGGUUCAUCCGGACGACAUCCGGAAUGAGAAGGUGAAAGUAUUAAGGUGUAUUAGUCCUCUGAAAUUGUCUGACGUGAUAUUAGGCCAAUAUGAAGGGAAUCCGGAAGGAGAAGGGGAUGCUAAGUUGGGGUACUUGGACGACCUUACUGUCCCAGAAGGUUCCAACACUGCGACCUACGCGCUUGCAGUACUCACGAUAAAUAAUGAACGCUGGGAUGGCGUUCCCUUUAUUCUACGCUGUGGCAAAGCUCUGAACGAACGGAAAGCUGAAGUGAGAAUUCAGUAUCGUGACGUACCUGGUGAUAUUUUCAGUGGAAAACUGAAAAGAAAUGAAUUGGUGAUCAGGGUGCAGCCGGGAGAGGCGUUAUAUAUCAAAAUGAUGACAAAGACUCCUGGCAUGACAUUUGAAAUGGAAGAAACUGAGCUUGAUCUUACAUAUGGCAGCAGAUACAAGGAAGUCAAGAUGCCAGAUGCAUAUGAACGACUGAUACUGGAUGUUUUCUGCGGAUCUCAGAUGCACUUUGUUCGCUCGGAUGAGCUGUCUGAAGCCUGGAGAAUUUUUACUCCACUGCUACAUCAAAUUGAAGCUGAGAAAGUGAAACCCGUUCCAUACAUAUAUGGAUCUCGGGGACCAAAGGAGGCAGACGAGAUGUGUAAUAAGUUUGACUUCAAGUAUUAUGGUUCUUACAAGUGGGUAAAGAACCAUUGAACUGUUUAACAACGUUAAAAGAGAAUAAUAUUUACGACAGAUUACGUCAUUCCUCACUGCUGUUAUUUGCCAGGCCGUGUUAAGCUAACUCGCACUGUCGAUAAUUUUGGAUUGGACUCGUACAAUAUAUUGUAUAUAAGACUGGUUUUAUAAAACAUUCCAUUUACAUUGUGAAAUUUUAAUAUUUUUAGUAAUUCAAAUAUGGUUGUUAAUGAUUUAUAGAAAUUACAAUAUAAAUAGCAAUAAUGAUGGGUUUACGUGGUAUAAUUCAAGAAACGAGGGGACCAAUUUAAAACGAUACUCCGUUCUAAAUUCCAAAUACAAAAAUUGUGAUUAGUAUUCUUUGUUCCUUGUAAAAUGACUGUAAAUUUAUUGAACAAAGGAGUUCAGUUAGGGCAGAUUAAAAGUGAUUAAGGUGUAGUAUAAUUUCAGUAUGAGGAACUUUUGUGGACUGACUUAUAUUAAAAAUUAAAAAAUAAUGAAAACAAAUUAGUGACAUAAUAUUUAUUGCUUAUAUGUGCGUCAAUACAUUUAUGUCAAAUAAGUGGCACAUCGUAUGUCCAUAAUGGCAUUCGACAGCAUAAAGACAGUUCUUUAUCCCAUUAUUUAUUACAUUGUAACCUGGAACGACGUACUUAACAUAUAAUAAUCCGUGGCGUAACAGCCCUAUGAGAGCCAGAGCCAACUAGCUGGCCUCACGUUCACACGCCUAAGCAGAGGUGAACGAUCAUCCAACCAGAUAUAGGAUGACGUGUGGUCAGCAUGACGAACCCCCAGCCAUUGCAUAAUUAUGUAAAUUAUUCAAGGGUUUCGUGUGGUCCAGAUGGCCUUUAUAAAAUGGCAUAGUGAUAAACAGUUUAACCUCAAAGUUAAAAUCUGGCUGGCGGCCAUGUUUUACGGGAGUUUAAAUUCCCUGUUGCCACAUGACAAAUGUUUUGUGCUGUUUGCACAGGCACACACAGAUCAAGUAUUCCAGUGGCAUCUAGGAUCGUCAUCAUGCCACUGGGGGACACCCAGGAGCCAGAUUUUAAUUUGCUAUUCCAUGACAUACCAGUUGCUGACAAUUGGAUCUCCAGCCCUCUAAUUCUGUUCACUGUCUGAUAUGCCACUUUUGUAAUCAAAUUUUAUUAUAACUGUCACCACAUUAUUCUUUGAAACAUUUUGAUCCACGCAGUUCGAAAUUGACACAUAUCGCAGACAAUGUAUUGUGUACAUAAUUACAGGAGUUGAAAGCCUUUCUGGCGUGCUCUGUCAUCCCAAUAUUGCUCCGUCUUGGAGUUAAGUAAAAUAAUGUCUACACAAUGGUACAUGUACAGAUUUGUAUUCUUGUGACAUCAUGUGCAUGUUUUAAGAAAAUAUUUUACAGAAAUGACAGUAUUCAUUAAUUCUGAAACACCACUUUCAUUAGUGGUGCAGGGUUUACUCAGGAAGGAUUAGCAUGUCCUAAAUAACAGUUUAGAAUAAGUUUGUUAAACUUGGGUUGGGUGGGGAGGGGAGGCAGAGUUUUGUUGCACUGCUCUGAAAUUUUGUUAUACCAAUAUUUGUUGUGAAAUAUUUUUCUUUAAAAAUAUAUGAUGCUCUGGUAAGGGAUGAACAAUAUUUAAAUUAUACAGAAACUUUGUUGUACUUAAGAUUUUCUGUAUUGCCUUUUGAAAAUAAAAACUGAGAAUACA